ACGGCCAAGAUGAUGCUCAGCAGCAACGAGCGCGACUUCCUCGUCGCGGCCUUGAAGAACCAAAAGUCCGAGAACGCAGUCCAGCGCGCCGAUGGACGUGGCCUCCUCGAGUUCCGCCGUAUGAACCUCUCUCUGCGCCGCAGCAUGCACGAGUCCCAGAGCGAGUGCGAGUUGCAGCUUGGCCGGACGCGCGUGCUGGCGGUCGUCUCGGGCGAAGUCGUCGCGCCGUUCCCGGACCGACCGACCGAAGGCUUUCUUCAGUUCAGCGUUGAGCUCUCGCCAAUGGGCGCGUCGAUCUUUGAGCACAAGCAGGCCCACAAGGCAUGGUCGGCCGAGCUCUCCCGCAUCGUCGAGCGCUCGAUCCGCGACUGCAAGGCGCUCGACACUGAAGCGCUGGCCAUCGUCGCGGGCGAGAGCGUCUGGGCCAUCAAGUGCACGAUCCACGUGCUCGACCACGGCGGCAACCUCGUCGACGCCGUCUCGAUCGCGUCGAUCGCAGCGCUCAUGCACUUUCGCCGCCCCGAGACGCUGAACGACCCGGACUGCGCGCUCAUCCCGCUCAGCUUGCACCACAUUCCGGUGUCGAUCUCGUUCAGCUUCGUGCAGCUGGACGCCAACGACCAAGACGACCCGGUCGUCCUCAUUGACCCGACGGACCGCGAAGAAAAGAUCGUCGACGGCGCGAUCACAUACACGUUCAACUCGUUCCGGGAGCUCUGCGCCGUGCACAAGAUUGGCGGCGUCUCGAUCUCGACCGACAUUGUGCUGCGCUGCGCCAACAUUGCCGCGGCCAAGGCGGAAGAGCUGACCGACAUGCUCAAGGAGGCCACCGAGACGGCCGAUCGCGACGCCAUUGAGCAGCGCCGGGCGCUUCUGCGCGGCAAGGAGUUUCACGACAAGUCGGUCGCGGCCCUCUCGACCCAAAAGGCCGUGCCGCUCGAUGUGUCGGGCCUCGACAAGGCCAUGGAAGAGAUUGUGGAUUUUGCGACGCUGCAUGCGCCGAUUCCGUUGCGCAACGAUGACCCGGCGGUCAAGAAGGCAGCGACGCGCGAGCUCAUGGAGUCGCUCGAGUCGUCCGCAGAAGGUCUGGCCAUCACGCAGGCUGCGCGCGAUCACUUUCACCAGCUCACGCAGACGGUCCACGUGGCACCCAAGCCGGCGAUGGCCGACACCAAGAUGUACGACAGCGACAGCGACGAAGAAGAGGACGUCGUCAUGCACGUACAAAGCGAGUACCUGCCGACGCCGCCCAAGAAGGUGGAGGUCGCGGACGAAGAGAGCGGCAGCUCGGACGAAGAAGACUUGAUGGCCGCCAUCAAGCGCAAGUAGUGGUAGACUACGAUCAAAUAUACGCCGUGUUCACUUUAGUAGAAGCCAGGCUGGGCGCCAGGACAUUUAUUGACGGGUGGAGAGGAUCAUGUGAAUCUUUUCGAUCUUCGUCGAGAGCGAGAGAUCGAUAAAGAGGUCGGCGAUCUGGACCUUGAGGCCGCCAAGGAUCGUCGGGUCGACGACCGUCUCCAAGAGCAACGUCUCGCCCUUCUGGAUGCGGGCCUUCAACGCGGUCUGCACCUGCGCGAGCUGCUCCUUCGUCAACGGGUCAGCCGACGUGAUCUUGGCCUGGACCUCGCCACGGUGGGCGCGCAUCAAGCGGUUGUACGCCGCAAUGACGUGCUUGGCGUCGCCGAGG